AUGUCGGCCAGGAAUUUGUUCUUCGGGAAGGACCUAUUGAGCCAGAUCUCCAAGUUCUACCACGAGCUCAAGAGAAUGGCGGUCGGAAGUAAAACUCCCGUUGAAGAAGAGGCCGAGAAGGAGGUCAACAAUAUGGCUGAAAGCCCUCAACAAGAUAGCAAGCUUCUGAUCCCAAUCAAACUGAAGAUUGUGAUCGAGAAAUCAGCAUUUCCAAAGGACGCCAGAGCAAAUCCUCUGACACCACAACGUUUCCCUUCCCCUCGCGGCAUAAAGAACGGAAAGGAAAGGGCAGUUCUUCAAGAAGGUUGCAGCAAUGUGUCUGUUGCUGGUGAUUCUGGAGGGAUUACAAUAGAUUUGUUAUGGUUUCUGAAACCUUGCUCCACCUUGGAAGGGAAAAUGGUGCAUGCUACGUUCGUAAAGCAUUUUCCUGAUUGUGAUGCAUUUGUAGUGAAUUCUUUGAUCGAUCGACAUGAAAAAGAAGUUGUAUCAUGGACGACGAUAAUCGGGGGACUUGUGAAAUCUCGAUUCGUGGAUGAUGCUCUGAAGCUAUUCAAUGAAAUGCCUGUGAGAAAUGUGGUCUCUUGGACGAGUUUGAUAGUCGACCAUGCUAAAGAUGGAAGGGCUUCAAAGGCCAUUGGGGUGCUCAAAGAGAUGAUGUUUGAGAACGUUGAGCCAGAUACUGUUGCAAUGGUUGUAGUCCUAUCGGCAUGCGUACAGUUGCAGGAUCUAAAAUUGGGCAAAUGGCUUCAACAGAUUGUCAUCGACAAGAGAAUUGGUGUGAACAACAAUCUUGCUAAUGCACUAAUCAAUAUGUAUGUAAAAGGUGGAAGCAUCAAGUCCGCUCGUCAUAUCUUCGAUUCAAUGAACAACAAGAUUACACCAGCAUGGAAUGCCAUCAUCGAUGGGGUCCUCGUCAACCUGAUGCAAACACAAUGUGGGUUUUAUGUGAUGAAAUUUAUGAGAGAAAUUAUUGAAGGAAAUGCCACCAGCAAGAAGGAUUCACUUUUCUCAAUGUUCAUGAAAAUAAUUAACUCUAACGAAGAAAUUGAUGAAGUACGAUCUGAAUGA